GGAACAAUGGCUCCUCGGAAGAAAGCUACAACAGCUUCUAAGAAAUCGGCAACUAAUCAGAACAAUCAUCUUCACCAGCAGAAGCAAUCUCAGCCCUCUAAAUUUGGAAUCCAACACUUCUUUGAGCGCCACUCCCAAAACCAAUCUCAAAACCCUAAAAAGCCCAUCAAUCCCUCGAUUGCUAAUUCCAAUAGUUCUACGAUCUCUACAGUCCCCAAAUUUAUGGAUGGUGAUCCUCCAGUUCCUCCGAACGCUAGUAAUGAUUCGGCUUCUGUGCCUGAGAAGUCUGGAAAUGAGUCCGAUUCUAAAAAUGAGGGAUUGAGCUGUGAAAACUUGAGAAUUGGUGUGAAUAAGGAAGUUGGCGGAGUUGAGAAAUUGGAAAAAGAGACAAAUAAGGAAGGGAAUGAGCUGAAUAAUCCGUCUCAGAUUACGCCUACAGAGAAUAAAAUGCCGGUUGUAAUAGAAAUCGAGGAGAAUCCAGAUGAGGUUCGGGAGGUUUCACCUGAGGUUUACAAGGGAAAGCCUCCCAAGCGGUUCAAGUUUUCGCCAGGAAUGCUGAUAAAGCAAAGUCAGGAUGAUGGAGGUGAUGAGGUCACAUGGAAAAUUUCUCCAAUAAAUGAGCGACUUCAUUCCAUGUCAAAGAAUUUUCCUGAAGUGGUCAAGGUUUUGAAGGAUUCUACACGGUUUAACUGUUUAAAUUUUCAGCAAAGUUCCAUGACAAAGACUUCUCCCAGUGCAGCAGGAAAGCUUGAAAAGUGGCUUUCGUCUCCACCUGUCAAGGCUGCUGAAAAUUCUUUGACGUGCUCAGAUAGGGUUAGUUUGAGAAAGCAUACAGGAAGACACAUUGUGUGUAAGGUUGAAAAUCUUGCAAUCAGAAAUAGUGAGAAUAAUUCUGAAGAAGUUUGUAGUCAAAGUCCCUUUAAGACUCCGCCAUCCCUGUCCUAUUGCCAUGAUAAGCCUCAUGAUGGAGUCAUUAUUCAUGGAGAACCUGAUCAGCACAAUUCAAGGCCACAUAAAAAGGCACUGAUUGAACUAUUGGAUGAAGUAGAGGACGUAAUUUCUGUUGAAGAAUCAGUAUGUGAUAAAACACAAGCGUGGUUUGAUAUAGGUAGAUCCAUCAAUGAGCCGGAUUUCAUUGUAGAGCAACAGUUAAUAAACUCAAAAGAACUAGUCGAGAAGGAACCUUCAAACAAUUAUUUUCUCGUAUUGGAGGUUUCUGAGAAGCAUGGAAAUAUUGAUUCUUCUGGUUCACGGAAUUCUUUUAAGAUUAUGCGGGUACUGAAUGAGCAAAAUGGAGAAGAGAAGGCAGUGCAUUUAUGGGAUGAAUGGUUUUAUAGUGUUGUUGCACCUGGAGAUACCGUUCACAUCAUUGGUGAAUUUGAUUACGAGGGAAAGUGUGAUGUCAAUCAUGAGAAGAAUUUUUUAAUUGUUCAUCCUGAUAUUUUGGUGUCUGGAACUCGGGUAGCUGCCAGUUUUUCUUGUUCAAGGCGCACAGUCCUGGAUGAAAGGCUAAAAUCUAAUGGAUAUGCAACUGCAGCACUGGUUGGUACGUUGCUGCAUCAGAUAUUUCAGGCUGGGCUGAUCAGUGAGUCCCUCUCAAGAGAGUUCUUAGAGCAAUAUACAACUAUUGUACUUCAGAAGAAUCUUGACACCCUUUAUGCAUGUGGAGUAAAUGAAAAGGACACUCGCAUGACCUUGGUUGAAGCGAUCCCAAAAAUAUUGAACUGGAUCUCCAUGUUCAGAGAUUCGCAGGGUUCCAGGAACCAAGCAGUUGACUUUGGAUGUCAUGGUGGACUUCAGAACAUUAAAGUAUCUGAGGUUGUUGACAUUGAGGAGAUGGCAUGGGCACCCAGAUAUGGUUUGAAAGGAAUGAUUGAUGCUUCCAUGCGGGUAAUUAUAGACAGCAAUGGACAUAUUGAGAAGAUUAUGCCUUUGGAGCUCAAAACUGGGAAAGGAACCAGUGGGCAGACAGCUAUGGAGCAUAAUGCCCAAGUUAUGUUAUAUACUCUCCUAAUGUCCGAGAGGUACCAGAAAGAUAUCAAUCAAGGUCUACUGUAUUACCUGCAUAUAGAUCAGACACGGGGAAUUUCUGUCCAAAGAUCUGAUUUGGUCGGACUAAUAAUACGCCGAAACGACCUGGCACAUGAUCUACUAAAGGCAUUAACAACUCAAGAACUACCGGCAAUGCAACAGAGCAUAAACAUGUGCAGAGGUUGUCGCCACCUUGAUGUCUGUACCAUCUACCAUAAGGCAUAUGGAGGGACCACAGAGAGCAGUGGAUUGGGUGAUAUGUUUGAUUCACUUGUACAACAUUUAACAACUAGAGAUUCCCUUUUUCUUCAGAAAUGGAAUCGAUUGAUUGACUUAGAGGCUAAGGAAUUGGAGGUUGGGAAGAAAGAAAUCUGGAUUUCACAUAUUUUGAAGAAUGAUCUCCUUUCUGGUCGCCUAUCUUCCCUUGUUCUUGAUACCUCCCACAAAAUGCCUCAGAAAGGCUUUUCCAAAGGCAACCAAUUUGUUUAUCGAUUUGUCCGUCAAAGUUUUCCAUUGGUUGGCACUGAACAGCAAAGCUCUCCUUCUGGAUUAAGCAGCUUUGAUAGUACACUUAGGAGUGGGGAUUAUGUGAUACUGAGCACUGACCCUGGUCAUCUGCCAGUCGCUAAUGGAGUUGUAAUGGAAGUCGGUAGUUCUCAUGUUUCUGUAUCUUUCUCAAAGCGCUUAAGGCUUCCAGGAAGCAGUACUUCAGUGGCAACAGAUCUUAGUCAGCAGGCCUGGCGAAUUGACAAAGAUGAAGCUAUGGCAUCAUUUGCAAUUAUGAGGUUCAACCUAGUUCAACUGUUUUUGCCAAAUGAACAGAGUGAUAGAGUGAGGAAGGUGAUUGUCAACCUAGAGGCACCAGCUUUUGACAGUGGAUGUCUACUUAGUCAGGACCCUGCCAUCUCAUAUAUCUGGUCGGAGAAAAACUUAAAUGAUGAUCAACGCAGAGCCAUUCUCAAGAUACUUACAACAAAGGACUACGCACUAAUAUUAGGAAUGCCUGGGACUGGAAAAACGUCUACUAUGGUGCAUGCUGUAAAAGCUUUACUGUUGAGAGGCGCAUCCAUAUUGCUCACGUCCUACACAAAUUCGGCUGUUGAUAAUUUACUUAUCAUGUUGAAAGCUCAGGGUGUUGACUUUAUCCGAAUUGGAAGAUGUGAAGCUGUGCAUGAGGAGGUCCGAGGCAACUGCAUCUCUGCAAUGGACAUUAACAGCAUUGAACAGAUUAAGCUGAGACUAGAUCAGACCAGAGUAGUUGCUGUUACUUGUUUAGGGAUAGCUAGCCCUUUGCUUACCAAGAAGAGAUUUGACUAUUGUAUCAUGGAUGAAGCUGGCCAAACUACACUGCCGGUGUCCUUGGGACCUUUGAUGUUUGCUUCGAAGUUUGUUCUUGUUGGGGAUCAUUAUCAAUUGCCACCACUCGUCCAGAGUGCAGAGGCUAGAGAGAAUGGAAUGGCCAUAAGCCUGUUCUGUAGGCUCUCAGAAGCACAUCCUCAGGCAAUUUCAGCUUUGCAGAGCCAGUACCGUAUGUGUGCUGCUAUCAUGGAACUAUCAAAUGCUUUGAUAUAUGGGAACAGAUUGCAGUGUGGUUCUGCUGAAAUUGCGAAUGCCCAACUCAUUUACCCAUGCCCAUCAUCUACCCCUGAAUGGCUGAAUGAGGUGUUGAACCCAGAAAGACCAGUUAUUUUUAUUAACACAGAUUUCUUAGAAGCACACGAGUCAAAUGAGAGUAAAGCAGUGAACAAUCCAGUUGAAGCUUGUAUUGUAUCUGAGGUCAUAAAUGGAUUUCUAGAAAGAGGCAUUGAAGGGGAAAGCAUUGGCGUUAUUACCCCCUACAACUCACAGGCAAAUCUUAUUCGCCAAGCUGUUUCCACAUCUGUGGAGAUACACACGAUCGACAAAUACCAGGGUAGGGACAAAGAUUGCAUACUGGUUUCUUUUGUAAGAUCCAGUGAAAACCCAAGGACCUGUUGCUCUUCACUACUUGGUGACUGGCACCGGAUUAAUGUAGCCAUUACACGAGCCAAGAAGAAGUUAAUCAUGGUGGGAUCCUGCAGAACUCUUUCGAGAGUACCACUGCUAAGGCUUCUCAUCGAGAAAGUAGAAGAACAAGGGGGAAUAAUGAGUAUAUCCAAGAGGGACAUUAAACUGAAACCAGAGUUGAAGAGAUGCUCCUCCCAAUUGAGGUAGGAGUGAUUUUGAUGUUGAUGUAAUUUAUC